AAUCAGGAAGCAGGAUACGCAGUUUUUCUUUCUCUUUUUUAAGUAACCGAGACACUGGUGAAAGCUUUAACCGCGAAUAAAUAAGACGGGGUGGGAAGGCGCUUUUAUCAAAGAUGCUGUAAAAAAAUUACUCCACUGUGAAACACUGCUGAAAGAAGACUUACAGUUUGGUUACAGUGCAAGACUCAACUGUGGAUGUAUUUGACACAGACUAACCGGAGAAGGCCUCUGUCAGCAGCAUGGGACAGCAUCUAGGAAAGAGGGAGUUGAACACAGACAGCAAGGCUUCGUCACCUGAACCCAAAGCAGCAGCAACAGCAAAGGUAGCAGCAGAGCCUGAAUCCCCGGAUGAAGUUUUUGGCUUGGUUGAGGCAGAUGCGAAGCAGAACAAUGGCAGCAUCUCGGAGAACCCGGCGGUGACUGACUCCGCAGGCGCUGAAGGCCCCCGCCAGCCCUGGACCCCCGCCAGCACAGCUGACCCUGACGCCGCCACACCACGCCCCCACCUGGUCCGCCUCUUCUCCCGAGAUGCCCCGGGCAGGGAGGACAACACCUUCAAAGAGCGACCCUCGGAAUCGGACGAGCUGCAGACCAUCCAAGAGCACAGCGGAGCGGCUUCAGAGUGCGGGUCGGAGAGCCCCGAGCAGGACUUAGAAUAG